AUGGAACAAUUUAGAUCGCUGCAACAGUACGUGACGGACCCCAACCUCGUUUCCAUUUUGAGGGAAAAGGCGCAAGAGCAGAUUAUGGCAUCUAUGAACCUAUCCUUUGCCUUUAAAGCGCUGGCGAACCCGUACCAAGCCAUCGAGUACGGAAACCCGAAUUCCUCGAAAGACAGAGUGGAGGAAUGGAAGAGAAACGCCUGGGCAGAUUGGAUGGCCCAAUUAGAAGAUGAGUGGAAAAAUUUCAAUGCACAAAUUGAAGAAGAGAAAAAGGCAUGGGUCGAGGAAAAAGAAGGACAGUGGAUAAUGCUACUCAAACAUUUGCAAAAUAAAUGGCUACACUUCAACCCCAACAUAGAUACCGAAUAUCAAAUAGACAUGCUAGGCAAAUCAGAGACUUGGGAUGAGAGACAAUGGAAAAUGUGGAUCUCUACAGAAGGAAAGCAACUCCUAGAGUUAGACCUAAAAAGAUGGUUUACUAAUAACGAAAUGAUUUAUUGCAAGUGGACUAUAGAUGAAUGGAAUGAAUGGAAAAAUGAAAAAAUCAAAGAAUGGAUUACUUGCGAGUGGAAAGAAAGUGAAGAUAAAUACUGGUCCAAGUAUGACGAUGCCACUGCACAAACCCUACCUACAGCAGAAAAAAAUCAAUGGUUUAAAUGGAAGGAAAGAAUAUACAGAGAAGGUAUCGAAUGGAAAAACUGGAUUGCCAUUAAGCAGAGCAGAUAUGUCAAUUCCAACUGGAACAGCUGGUCCGAAUGGAAAAAUGAAAAGCGCUUAGAGUUUAAUGAAUGGAUCGAGGCCUUCGUUGAAUUGUGGAUUAGACAGAAACAGUGGCUCGUCGCAUGUAAGGAAACAGAUAACAAGGUGUAG